ACAAAAUGUAACUCAUGGUACAUACCCCCUGUUGCCUUACUCUGUCUGUGCCCUGAAAAGCUCAAAAAGUGAAGUAAUUUCCCAGUAUCAGGUUUCCGGGCACAGGUGGGAAAUGCUCAGCUGAAGUAACACUCUAAUACAUCAUUAACUUACUAGUGGGUCAACCCCCGUUGGGCUGUCGAUAAAUACUGGUAUUUUGGCCAUUUAUGGGACAUUCCCUGGUGUCUCCAUCUGAUAUUCAUCUCACCAUGAUGCUGCUCUUGGUCUCCUCCCUUGUACUUCUCUUUUUUUCUCCUGCAGUGCUUGGGAUUUACAAUACCCCUUUUAUUAGUGUCCUAAAUGGAGGGAAGUGGGGCAUCUGGGGAAGAGAUGAAAAAUGCCCCACUGGUUAUGUGGCCAAAGGAUUCUCUGUUAAGGUUGAACCCCCACAGGUAUCAGGAGAUGACACUGCACUAAAUGGGAUCCGACUGCACUGCUUUCCCUUUCAGUCUACUGUCAAAGAAUACACAGUAACCUCUACAGAGGGGCCAUUUGGGACAUGGUCCCGCCCUACAUGGUGUCUCUGUGGUAACCUCACGGCUUUCUCCUUAAGAGUGGAACCUCCUCAGAAACAUGGUGAUGACACAGCUGCGAACAACAUCAUGUUUAAGUGCUCAGAUGACCGUGAACUUGAAGGAUCUGGACUCUCUUGGGGGUCAUAUGGACCAUGGAGCCAAUAUUGCUACUAUGGCAUCUGUGGUAUUCAGACCAAGGUAGAAGAGAAGCAAUGGGGUGGGGACGACACGGCCCUUAAUGAUGUCCAGUUCUUGUGCUGUGAAGGCUGAAUUUUGUAAUGACUCCUCAUAAUUGAUGAUGGACAUAAGCCUUACUUGUGUGCAGGUCUAAGCAUGUGGAACUGUUGACAUUUUUGAAGUUUUCUUUCUAACAACUAUAGAGGUGAUUACAGAAUUUGGCUUAAAGGAAAAGUAGCUGCUUAUAAUAUGAAGUAUAAUUUAAAAAAUAACAUGA